AUGCAGUCGUUGAAAAAUAGAAAAACUAUUAUAGAAACUCAAACGUUAAUAAAGGAAUCUUUACUUUGUCAAUUAUCUCACAGUAUCAAAGAAAUUCAACUGACGUUGUCACAAAGGCACGAAGUUUUUUCAACAUACGAAGGAUGCAAUUCGUUAAUUAUCAUAUUAGAAGCAAUUUUCCUUCACGGAUUAAAAUUGGGAAUAUUUAAAUCCGCUUGGAAAGCCGUGGCGGGAGUCGAAGAAAAAAAACCCCAACCCUCAUUUUGGAAUAUGAUCACAAAUGAUGUGGGAAGGUGUAGAGUUUGGAUUAGAUUAGCACUUAAUGAAUUCGAAUUGACUAGUUAUUUUACUGCCAUGGAAAAAGAUAGAAGAUUAUUAAAUAGUUUUUAUUCAAAUUAUGCUUUUCUUAGGGAUAGAGAAAUGUGCGACACAGCUUGUAAAUUUUUAGAAGGAAUUCUAUCAGUGCAAUUCGAAAUCCCCCUUAACUCGAGCAUUUUAAAUGUUUGGAGUAAUGAACCAUUGAUAAAAUCGGGACUUUGGUCUUCAUCAUUGAAAACCCCAGUUGGAACAGCCAUCGAUGUGGCGGAGAAAAUUGAAGAUGAUGAAGAACAUGACAUCAUAAAGACGAGUAGUUCGUUAACAACUUUGUUAGCCAUUGAUGAAACUCAAACUUUAAAACUGAUACUAGAGGCUCCUUUCACGAAAAGCAAUUGCGAAUCUAAUUCUGUGAGUUCAUAUGAGAGUUCAAUGCCUCAUUCGAUAGAAAAGCCAUUAAUGGAAGAAAAAGAAGAAACAUUAAUCAUUUCAAACAUUAAUGAUCGAAAUAUAAUUAAUGAACAGUCAUCAUCAACACCUAAAGAAAAUUUAAUAGGAAAUGCGACUGGGUGGUCUUCUGUAACUGACAUCAUUCCAGAUCCUGUGAAAAAUGUUCAGAGUGUCAAAAAAGAUCCCAAAUCAGAAGAUUACAGCACUUUAUUAGAAAAAGUAGGGAUAUCUCCGAAUAAAAAAGUAAAUUACGAAGACAGGUUAAAAGAAAUGAUGGAAAGGCAAAACAUAAAACAAAAAGAAUCUAUCGCUACGAAUAAUGCACAAUCAAAGUAUUAUACUUCGUACACGACAAAAUUAUAUAAAAUUGUUAGGGAAUCAGGUUUGAAAGCACAAAAAUAUACAUGUGCAAAUUGUGAGGUAUCAAUAGGUUUAACUUUCGGAGAAGCUAGACUUUGUUAUUUUACAGGAGAGUAUUAUUGCGUUGAUUGUCAUUUGAAUGAAACGAGCGUCAUUCCUAGUCGAAUUAUAUUCAAUUGGGAUCAUAAAAAAUAUCCCGUUUGUUGUAAAGCUAGUAAAUAUUUAAACGACAUAGGCAAUCAUUUUCUCAUAGAUAUAAAAAAUAUUAAUCCCAAAUUGUAUUCUGCCGUUCCAGAAAUGAAAAAUUUAAGAAUAAUAAGACUGCAAUUGAAUAUGUUGAGAACGUAUUUGUACACUUGUAAAGAAUCAUUGUUGAUAGAAUUGCAGAAAAAAGUAGCUCCCAGAGAACACAUUUACGAAUUCAUAGAUCAUUAUUCAAUAAAAGAUUUGUGUCAAAUCCCCGGAGGAGUGUUGGCAUCUGAAUUGACAUCGAUUGUCACAUUUGGCAAAAACCACGUCAUCAAUUGUUGGGUCUGCAAUCAAAAGGGUUUCAUUUGCGAAAUAUGUAAAAAUUCUAAAAUAAUUUUCCCAUUCGAUAUAUUGACAACAUAUAGAUGUGGAAAUUGUUUUGCCAUUUAUCAUGACACAUGUUUAUCAUCGAGCGAAAAUUGUCCUAAAUGCAUUCGAAUAAAAAAGAGAAAUUCACCUAAGAUAAAAUAG